CUGACAUUGAAAACAGUGAAUGAAUGCAUUGAAUGAAUGAAUGAUUGCAACAAAUGCUGACUUAUGAGCGGAAAAGCAGCCAAAAGUGCACUCUCUUUGUGUUAUUCAAUGUUUUGAAUGCAUGUGUUUUUGGCCAUCCAUGGCUUAAAUGCCUGAACCCAACCACAGACUAUGCCCGGACCUAACCCUAUGACCACCACUGCCCUCAACAACCCGAAUGGCAAUCUUCUCAACACAUCCACAUCACUACGGGAUGGCCUGUCAGUCCAUGCUCACCUGAACCACAACUACCAAAUGGCAGCACUUCCCGACCAAAGCAGCGAUUCAUUCACCGAUCGGUCGCCAAACAUCAUACAAAGCUCUCAUAAGAACUACGAAGAGGUGGCACUCAUCGGGUCCGGCGCUUACGGAACCGUAUAUAAGGCCCGCGACCUCAACAACGACGGCCAGUUGGUGGCCCUCAAGAAAGUGCGCGUCCCUCUCAACGAGGAUGGAGUUCCCAUCAGUCUUCUCAGGGAGAUCUCUGUACUGAAACAGUUGCAGAGCUUCGAGCACCCCAAUGUGGCUNGGAAUAAAGUUCGAGACCUGAAGGCCCAGAAGGAAACUAAACCAGUGAUCGAUAAAGAGGUGAAGAUUUUGUUGGAUCUGAAGAAACGGUUGGGUUUAGUUUCGGGGGAUUCGCAACACAAUGUAUCGAAUAGUAAGAAAAAGCAUAAAUAA